GGUGCGGACAUGUUAGGCGGCACUCGGUAUCGUCCACGUUUGGCCGAUGGCGAACUGGCUCCACUGCCCUGGCCCGUGGCCCUCUAUCGGAAGCUGAAUCACAUCUCCUGGCCCCUGGAGGUGGGCGUGACGGGCAGGACGAAGCACCUGGAGCGUCUCAUUUUGAUCGUUGGUUUUCUCAUCUUUUGCGAGCACAACGAGGUGGAUUUUCACUAUCUGGUUUUGAAUCGGAACGAUAUAGACAACUUUCUGACGGGCAUGCCCACCUAUUUGAUCCUGGUGGAGAUGCAGAUACGCUGCUUCCAGCUGGCCUGGCACAAGAAUCGCUUCAGGACCCUGCUGCAGCGCUUCUACAAGGACAUCUAUGUGCAGCAGGCAGCGGAGCCGCAGCUCUUUGCCCACAUCCAGCGACAGAUGCUGAGCACGCGACUCAAUUCGAUUGUCUAUCUGCUGGCGUUGUUCAACUUUCUGCUGGUGCCCGUCCAGAAUGUCAUCUACCAUCGCCGCGAGAUGCUCUACAAGCAGGUCUACCCGUUCGACAACACGAAGCUGCAGUACUUUAUACCGCUGAUUGGUCUGAACUUCUGGGUGGGCGUCAUCGUCACCAGCAUGCUCUUUGGGGAACUCAAUGUGCUCGGCGAGAUGAUGAUGCACCUGAAUGCCCGCUACGUGCAGCUGGGACAGGAUCUGCGACGCACCGCCCAGCGUUUGUUGCUGGAGGCCAACAAGCUGGAGAUGGCUGCCAGCUAUCGGCGGGCUCUGACCCACAUUCUGCGCCGGAAUGGUGCGCUUCACGACUUUGGCGAGGAGAUCGAACAGGAGUUUAGCUUUCGCAUCUUUGUGAUGUUCGCUUUUAGUGCUGGACUGCUGUGUGCUCUCAGCUUCAAGGCCUAUACGAAUCCCUUGGGUAAUGUGGCAUACAUUGUCUGGUUUCUGGCCAAAUUCAUGGAACUGCUGUCCUUUGGCAUGCUGGGCUCCAUACUCUACAAAACGACGGAUGAUUUGGCCUUGAUGUACUACACCGCAGACUGGGAGCAGGUCGUGCAUCAAUCAAACAAUCGACUGGAGAAUCUCAGGCUCAUGAAGCUCGUCACUUUGUCCAUUCAACUGAACUCGCGGCCUUUCUUUAUCACGGGUCUGAAGUACUUUCGUGUUAGUCUGGCGGCAGUGCUCAAGAUCAUUCAAGGCGCCUUCUCCUACUUUACUUUUCUGAAUUCAAUGCGCUGA